AUGCUUUCAAAAUUGAGAAUAUGUAGGAAGUUCGCAUCCUUUGAUUAUGAUUUAGCAGUCAUUGGUUCAGGCCCAGGAGGAUACGUAGCAGCAAUCAAAGCAGCUCAGCUUGGUUUGAACACAGCAUGCAUUGAGAAAAGAGCAACGCUUGGAGGCACUUGUCUUAAUGUAGGAUGCAUCCCUGCAAAAUCACUGGCUAACUCCACACACAAAUACGCUGAGGCCUGCAAAGAUUUUCAAAAGCACGGCAUCAUCGUAGAGAACCCAAGGUUUGAUCUGUCUCAAAUGAUGAAAGCAAAGCAAAAGGCUGUAGAUGGCCUUACAAAAGGAAUUGGAUCCUUAUUUAACUCUCCUUUUAAAUAAAACAAAAAAUUCCGGUUCAAUUUAAAGGUUUUUUUAAAAAGAAUUUAAAAUAAAUUAGAUACAUAUUUUUUAUUUUUUUAAGAAUAAUUGAUUAAUAAAAUUAAUAUAUUCAGAGUACCAGUUAGUAGGAUUCUAAUUAUAUUCCCUCCAUUAAAGAGGGUCAAAGCUACUUAUAUCUAAAAAACUGAAAUUUGACGAUACUUUUCUCAAUUUAAAGGGAAGGAGUAAGAAAAAUAAAGUCACUCAUGUCCCUGGAACAGCUACAUUUAAAGGAGCUAAUGAAAUUGAGGUAGAUGGCAAAAAACUCACAGCUAAGAAUUUCAUAAUUGCGACCGGAUCAGAGCCAGCAAAUCUGCCAGGAGGAAUUUUACCAAUUGACGAAAAUAGAGUUUUGAGCUCAACAGGAGCAAUGCAGCUUGCAGAGGUCCCUAAAAAACUUUUAGUUAUUGGAGGAGGUGUCAUUGGCCUUGAACUCGGAAGUGUUUGGAGUAGGCUUGGCUCUGAAGUUAUUUUUGUGGAAUUUUUCAAUAGAAUUGCAGCAGGAAACGAUUUAGAAGUAGCCCAGGCUUUACAAAAAAUUUUAGAAAAGCAAGGCAUGAAAUUUUAUUUGAGCACAAAAGUUGUAGGAGGAGAAAGUACCAGCAAUGGAGUAAAAUUAAACCUGGAAGGCACAAAUUCACCAACUACUCUCGAAGGAGACUAUGCAUUGGUCUCUGUAGGAAGACGUCCAAAUACAAUUGGACUUAAUCUAGAAGGAUUGGGCAUUACAAAAGAUAAACAAGGCAGAAUUGAAGUAAAUGACCAAUUGCAGACUGCAGUAAAAAACAUCUAUGCUAUUGGAGACGUCAUUAAAGGUCCUAUGCUGGCUCAUAAAGCUGAAGAAGAAGGGAUUUUUGUAGCAGAAAACCUAGGAGGAGGUAAAGGACAUAUUAAUUAUGAAGCAAUUCCUGGGGUCAUUUAUACACACCCAGAAGUAGCCAUGGUAGGAAAAACUGAAGAAAAUUUGAAAGAAAUGAAUGUUGAGUACAAUAAAGGAACUUUUCCAUUUAUGGCGAAUUCCAGAGCAAGAGCUAAUAAUGAAACAGAAGGGUUUGUCAAAGUUUUGGCAGAUAAAAAAACUGAUAGGAUAUUAGGAAUCCAUAUUAUUGGGCCAACUGCUGGAGAAUUGAUUAUGGAAGGAGUGAUUGGAAUGGAAUACAAAGCGGCAUCCGAAGAUCUUGCAAGAACAACACAUGCUCAUCCAGGAUUUUGUGAGGCUAUAAAAGAAGCAUGCUUAGCUGCCUUUUCUAAGCCAAUCCAUUUUUAA